AUGGGGUGUAGAAAUUCAAAAAUUAUACCAAAGCUCGAAAUAGAUCAGAAAGUUCACGAUGUCGUUGAAAAGUUUUGCUUAACUCAAUCAGAAAUACGGAAACUUUGGCAUAUUUAUCAUGUCAUUGAUACUGAGUAAAAUUCAUUUAGCGACUCAGGAACAGUAAGUGUAGUUGAAAUAUUUCGAUUAAUAAAAGAGCGGCCUAACUCAGUCAUAGCUCCUUAUCUAAUUGAAUACAUUUCUGAUUUAGAAAAAGAGCAAGGUGAUCGUCUUUCCUUUGUCGAAUUUGUAAGAAGCAUCGCAAAAUAUUGUUUACUAACUCCUCCGCAGAUUUUGAAAUGUAAGAUCUCCCUCAGUUGUCUUUCAAUGCAUUGACGAAAAUCGAAAUGGGACCAUCAACAAAGAAGAAAUCAUGCUUUUUUUGCGAGCAGAGAGAGAUGGGAAAAUGAUUUUCCCUAAUAAUUACAUGAAAGCAGUUGAGCUUUUCGAAACUCAGAGGUCAGAUUCUAUAAGCUGACGUAAUUUCUAGUUUAGUUGAAUUUGUGAGACUAGUCAGAGAGGUUCCUUACUUAGGCUACCCAGCUUUUCGAUUACAAACGCAAUUGAGAAUUUACACUCUAGGGACAAUAACAUGAUCGAAUAUUGCCAGAAGACUUAUCAAACGCAAAAAAGAUGAAAUCAAAAAAGCAGAAGAAGAUGCCAUACAAAACCAAAUGAUGCAAGAAAAGAUUUGGGAUAUGCAAAUUAAAGCCUGGGACUAUAAUGACAAGCUUGCUGAAUUCGAAAAAACUUUCAAUAGAAAAAUGAUUAGGAGAAGGACCAAAAGACUGAGAACAUCACAUGUAUAA